AUGGCGGACAUCGAGAAGAACGACUUGGCCCAGGUAGAAACGAACCAGACCGACACAACACUUGAGAAGAUUCCAUUAGAGAAGCAAGAGACUCUUCAGGAGGUCGACAUUGCCAAUCGACAGGCUUUCAAGGGUGAUGAUUCCGAUGGCAAGGUUGACUGGACCGUGCACAAGCUCAUUGCUGCGGCCUUCCUGGCUAUGUUAUACACCGGGUCUCAGAUCCUGCUGUACUUCGCUGGCGCGACAUUGAGCUUCAUCGCUGCAGAGAUCGGCGCUGCGGAUGCUAUCGGCUGGCUUCCAGUCGCCAACACCCUUGCCAUUGCGGCAGUAUGUCCCUUUGUCGGCUACCUGCAAGACCUCUUCGGCAAGAGGUACAUCGCUAUUUUUGGCGCGCUGUUGCUCUGUAUUGGCUGCAUUGUGCUUGGCACUGCACACCAUCUUCCAGCAGCCCUUGUCGGCAUGGCUCUUGCUGGAGCAGGCGCAGGUAUAGGUGAGCUGAGCGGCCUUGCUGGACUCGCCGAAAUCGUCCCGGUAAAGACUAGGGGUUACUCACUUGCGAUCCUAACGGCAUUCGUUCUGCCCUUCUGCCCUUACGUUCUGUACAGCGAGCUGUUCUCGCACCGGUACACUUGGAGGGUGGGCCCAUGGAUCUCUCUCGCCUACAACGCCAUCACUGCUCUCGGUCUGAUAGUCUUCUACUUCCCACAUGCACAUGUGCGAGCGGAAGGCUUGUCGUGGCAAGCGGUCGUCAAGCGCAUUGAUUUCCUGGGUGGCUUUCUGUCCAUCACUGGUCUUACUCUUCUACUCGUUGCUCUGCAAUCGGGAGGCUACGAUCACCCGUGGCAAUCAGCCUAUGUCUUAUGCACGCUGCUUGUUGGCCUGGCUCUACUCGUUACCUGGGGAGUGUGGGAGGCUAAGUUCGCCCGCCAUCCGAUGAUCCCGGCGGAGCUUUUCAAAGGCCAGCGAGUUGUCGCACUGUCCUACUGCGUGGCUUUUGUUGCUGGCAUGAAUUUCUUCUCGCUGCUCAACUUCUGGCCGCUCACCAUCUCUACAGUGUGGGAUCCCGUUCCAGUUAAGAUCGGCCUUCGAGGCAUCUCGGUUGGUUUCUCCACUGCAAUAGGUGCCAUCUUCUGGAACGCACUGCUGUCGGUCUGGACGGGUGGCGCAAGAUGGAUCCUGGUCAUGGCAGCGUCCAUUCUUACCUUGUUCGGCGGGCUGCUUGCCACGAUGACGCCAGACAACGUCGUGCAAACAGUGGCUUUUGCAACAAUUGCCGCAUUUGGGCUUGGGGGUGUCAUCGUUCCGGCCGCCACAGUGGCUAUGAUAGCCGCUCCGGAUGCCGUGAUUACAACGUGUGCAGCACUAUCGUUGUCUGUACGAGCCGUGGGUGGCGCGAUCGGCUACAGCAUUUACUACAAUAUUUUCGUUGGAAAGCUGAAGGCCAAGUUGCCUGUUAUGGUCGCGGAGUACGCCAUUGCCGCCGGUUUACCAAUUAGGGAGGCUACAGUCUUUGUCGAGACUUUCUUGACCGUGCCAGCACAGGCCGCGAAGAUUCCAGGUGUCACACCCAAUGUGCUCGCGGCGGCCUUGAAGGGGUUCCAGUGGGCAUACGCCGAGUCCCUCCACUAUGUCUGGUAUACAUCUAUUGCUUUCGGCAUCUUGUCCAUUAUCGCGGGUCUGUCAAUUCCGAACACCAACCGGUUUCAAACGAACAGAAUCGCCGUGGCUUUGUAG